AGCACGGCUGCUCUCUGGAGGGAGGAAGUACACUAGCCAAGAGAGCAGACUGGCCUCCGUCUAAUAGGAUGCGGGUGUCGCUUUAUGUGAACUUCGUUAGUUAGAGAAGGGCUAUGUCUGACGACUGAUUUCAGUUUAAUUUAUUAGGUAGCUAUUGUUUGUAGCAAAGCAAGUGUUUGAAAGUAUAUUCUUGGUAAACACCAUCGCCUUGGUGGCCAAUUAGUAACUUAUUUUGUAAGCUAGCUAGCGAUUAGCUGCAGAACAAACUGGCAUUGGUUGAGUUAAGUUAGAACUUGGUUUGCGAAUCGCAGAUAAGAAUUGAAAGCUUUGUUUUCAUACUCAUGAGCAGUGAACACGAGACGGGAAUGAACACAUAAAUGUAUACAAUUUCUACGGAAUAACUUGAUGAGGUGCUAGAUGGUGUAUGUGAAGGCCAUGAGGCAUGCUGAGCCUGUUCUCCUGGUGCCAGAAUGAGUCUCAUAGAUGGCAAUGGGGCAGCUAGCCAAGAUGGAAGAUCCUAUGUGCUCCAGGUCUACCCACGGCUCGCUGAGGAGACAGACACUUGUUGCACCCUCAAGGUCACCAAGGAUGCCACGGCAGCCACGGUCAUCCAGGACGUGGCCGCCAGCCUGGGCUUGGACCCGUCGAAGAGCUACGUCUUGGCGGAAGUGAAGGAGUGUGGUGGAGAGGAAUGGGUGCUGGAGGCCACCGAUCUGCCCGUUCACCGGGUUCUGCUCUGGCCUCGCAAGGCUCAGGACCAGCAUCUCCAGAGCGAGGGCUUCUAUUUCCUCCUGCAGGAGCGGAACCGCGACGGCACUGUCCGCUACGUGCACCUCCCAGCCCUCUCCAAGGAGCAAGAGGCCCUGCGGCUGGUGGCCCGUGGCUUCCUGCCUCGUCCUCAGAAAGACUUUGACGACCUCUGCAACCUUCCCACUCUGAACGAGGACAAUAUCUUGGAAAACCUGCGCAACCGUUUCCGCAAAAAAAAGAUCUACACCUAUGCUGGGAGCAUCCUAAUUGCUAUUAACCCCUUCAAGUUCCUGCCGAUCUACAACCCAAAGUAUGUUAAGAUGUACGAAAACCAUCAGCUGGGCAAGCUGGAGCCCCACAUCUUUGCCAUUGCUGAUGUUACCUACUAUGCCAUGCUGCGCAAGCGCUUGAACCAGUGCAUUGUCAUCUCUGGAGAGAGUGGUUCUGGGAAAACCCAGAGCACCAAUUUCCUCAUCCACUGUCUGACAGCGCUGAGUCAAAAAGGCUAUGCCAGUGGUGUGGAGAGGACGAUCCUUGGGGCAGGACCGGUGCUGGAGGCGUUUGGCAAUGCGAAGACGGCCCACAACAACAACUCCAGUCGCUUUGGGAAGUUCAUCCAGGUCAACUAUCUGGAGAACGGUGUGGUGCGUGGGGCUGUGGUGGAGAAGUAUCUGCUGGAGAAAUCCCGCCUGGUCUCUAGAGAGAAAAAUGAGAGGAACUACCAUGUGUUUUACUACCUGCUGGUGGGAGCCUCUGAAGAGGAACGCAAGGAGUUCAAGCUGCUACAGCCUGAAGACUACCUCUACCUCAAGCAGCAAAACUUUAUGAUCGAAGAUGAAGAAGACCUUCGACAUGACUUUGAGCGUUUGCAGCAGGCUAUGGAGAUGGUGGGCUUCCUGCCUGCCACCAAAAAACAAAUAUUCUCAGUACUGUCGGCCAUCUUGUAUCUGGGCAAUGUGACAUACCGGCGCAAGUCGACUGGCCGUGACGAGGGGCUGGAUGUGGGUCCUCCUGAGGUCCUCAGCACCCUCUCUGACCUGCUGAAGGUUAAGGAAGAGUUGCUUGUAGAGGCGCUCACGAAACGGAAAACGGUGACGGUCAAUGACAAGCUAAUCCUCCCUUACAGCCACAGUGAGGCCAUCACAGCACGGGACUCUAUGGCCAAAUCUCUGUACAGUGCCUUGUUUGACUGGAUCGUUCUGCGCAUAAAUCACGCACUGCUUAACAAGAAAGACAUGGAGGAAUCUGUGCCGUGCCUAUCUAUUGGUGUGCUGGAUAUUUUUGGUUUCGAGGACUUCCCGAACAACAGCUUUGAGCAGUUUUGCAUUAAUUACGCUAAUGAGCAGCUCCAGUAUUACUUCAACCAGCACAUCUUUAAACUUGAGCAGGAGGAGUACCAGACAGAGGGCAUCACCUGGCACAACAUCGACUACACGGACAACGUGGGGUGCAUCCACCUGAUCAGCAAAAAGCCCACUGGACUCCUCCAGUUACUGGAUGAGGAGAGCAACUUUCCUCAUGCCACUGACAAAACACUGCUGGCCAAGUUUAAGCAGCAGCACCACAGCAACAAGUACUUUGUCGCUACACCGGUGAUGGAGCCGGCAUUCGUCAUCCGACAUUUUGCUGGAAACGUCAAGUACCAGAUCAAGGACUUUAGGGAGAAGAACACUGACCACAUGCGGCCUGAUAUUGUGGCACUGCUGCGCAGCAGUGACCGGGCAUACGUGCGUCAGCUUAUUGGGAUGGACCCUAUCGCCAUGUUCCGCUGGGGUAUUCUCCGUGCCACCAUCCGUGGCAUAGCUGCGUUCAACGAGGCAGGCCGACGCUGGGCAGCUAAGACAGCGGGUGUGACCAGACCCACUUCUAGGACGCCCCUUGGAGAAAUACAACGGUCCAACACACCAAUUGAACGGAUGUACCGCCGUACCCCUAUGCUCGAAUUCUCCUUUGAUCAUUCAGAGGAGCGCCCCCUAGAGGCCUUUGAGGACAUCUUUGCUAGCUUUGAGAGUAAGAAGGACAUGCAUGCCCAAAUCAUCAGCUCCAUUAAAGACUUGCAGUUGGACGGUGAGGACCCUCGCAAGCUACUGCAGUCCUGGGGGCGCCUGCGGUUCCCACGGCACGUCCUUCAGAAAAAUAAGAACACGAAGCAGAAACAGCUCAUUCCUAAGGUGCUCCUUGACUCACGGUCACUUAAAUUCAUCGUGAGCCUCACAUUGCAUGAUCGCACCACCAAGUCUCUGCUGCACCUGCACAAGAAGAAGAAGCCUCCCAGCAUCAGCGCUCAGUUCCAGACCUCCCUGAGCAAGCUGCUGGAGACGCUUGGAAGGGCUGAACCAUUCUUCAUUCGCUGCCUCAGGUCUAAUGCUGAAAAGAGGGAGAUGUACUUUGAUGAGUCUCUGAUUCUGCAGCAGCUGCGGUACACGGGCAUGCUGGAAACGGUGCGCAUCCGGAGGUCUGGGUACGGUGCCAAGUAUACUUUUCAGGAAUUCUUGGAGCAGUUUCGGGUGUUGCUGCCCAGGAAUGCUACUGCAUGCCAAGACGACAUCUCGGCUCUCCUUCGGAAGAUGGGACUAGACAACACUACCUAUCAGAUUGGCAAAACCAAGGUCUAUCUUAAGGAGCUUGAACGUCAGAAGCUGCAGGACACGCUGCACAAAGACGUCAUGUACAAGAUCAUCUUCUUGCAGCGCUGGAUCCGCUCCAAGCUGGAGCAGCGGCACUUUGAAUGUAUGAGGCAGUCUGCCAUCCUCCUUCAGAGAUGCUGGCGGCGUUAUUGUAGGGAUCGGCGAUGGCGGGCAGCUACCUUACUGCAGGCCCACUGGAGGGGCUGCAGGCAGAGGACGGAGUAUCUACGGCAACGGUCCGCCAUCCGGAAGAUGCAGGCGUUGGUGAGGGGAAACUCGGCACGACGAAGAUGCCAGUCCAUCAAGGAAGAGAAAAGGAAGAGAGAAGAGGAGGAGGCUAGAAGAAGAGAGGAAGAGGAGGCAAAGAUGAGAGAGGAGGAAGAGGCGAGGAGAAGAGAAGAGGAGGAAGCUAAGAGUAGGGAGGAGGAAGAGGCAAAACGAAAAGAAGAAAUGCGAUUAGCAGCGGAGGCUGAAGCAAAGAGAGUGAAGGAAGAGGAAGAGGAGGCAGCUAGGAAACUGAAAGAGGAGGAAGAGUCUGCCAGACGAGCAUUGGAAAUGGAGCAGCAGGCUGCCCCACAGAGUUCUCAGGCAGUAGCACCAGAAGACUCUCAGGAGCCCAAGAGCAAGGAGGAAAUGCCUGAAAGCACCAGCCAGCCUGAAGCAGCGGUACAAGCAGAAAGCCCAGAGCAGUCUCAGGACAUCCAGGCACAGGAGGGGGGCAGGUCCCCCAUCCAGGAAUCCUCAACGUCAGAAGAUGACAAGAAAGCCUUGGAUGUCACCCAUCCAGAAAACGGUACACAGGCUGAGGCAGGACCCGCACCUGAGUCGCUUCAAAGCGCACCUGUCAAAGUCAACGAAGCUGCUCCAGCUUCGCCAAAAGAUCAGGAGGUCAGUGACACAGCACCCGUUCCAAAGAAGGAGCAGGAGUCUCUGACGCGCGAGGUUCCUGCGGAUUCAGACGUCUUGGGCGCUGUCCAGGAGAAAGUGUCCAAAACUACUCCCCAGCAGCAAGGAAAGGCCCAGGCGUCACGGAGCCAAGAGAAGAGAGAGCUCAGGCGACAGCGAGGCCUGGAGCAUAGCCAGAGGGAGCUGCAGAGGGCUGCGUCGGCCUGCAAGGAUGACCCGUCCCCCAAGCUCAAAAGCCAGGAGCCCCCUAGCAGCCCCAGCUCCAGCCCCAGCAGCACACCUGAGACCAAGCCCAAGGAGAACUCUGACAGCAAAGAGCUGGACCAGUACACCUUUGUGGCCUGGAAGGACAAAGGGAAGGCUAAGGAAGCCAAGAGCUCGUCCCCCGCGCCGGUCCGACCCUCAACACUGUCCUUGGAUACCCCAGGAACCAAGAUCGUAAAGGAUCGUAACGGGCACAGUGAAGCCCCCAGUUCGCCGCCAGUGGGAACAGCGAGCCUACCGAGUCACGGCAAAACGAGUGACCGGGACAGACAUUCGGACAGGAGGAAGGGCAAGAGGGGAGGGGAGACAUCAGAGAGCACCUCGCCUGAAGCACAGAUCCCCAAGAGCAAGAAAAUAAACACUCUGCGGGCUCCGGAUAGGGAUAUCUCAUUAUCUCUUGAUGAUGUGUCCAGUUUUGUCUCCCCUACUGGGGAUGGCCCUGGAAACAGACAGGGGCGAGUACGCUUCUGCAAGCAACGCAAACACCGGCUAGGCUUUGCACGUAGCUGCUUGCCAGUAAAAAGCGCAGAAAUGGAAGACGUGGAGUACUGGACUUUCCCUUUGCCCCCCGUGAGUCCAGUCCAGGCCACGCCUCCAGACAGACGGCAGGUUCAGGGUCAAGUCACUACAGAGUCGAUAGCGGAAGGGGCCAGAGCCAGCUCAUUCAGCAGGAGAUCACCCGAGGGCCAGCAGGACACUACUCACCUCCAGCCCUCCACCCCAGAGAAGUCUGGGUUCCUGAGGAAGAUCCUGAAGAAGCGUGAAAAAGUUCAAACACCUGAGGAUGGGGACCUCACUAUGGCCCAGUCUCUUGCUGAACGCUCUGCAGAAGUUGCCCACCCCCCUCAUUCCUCCCGCGCGCACCACCACCACAGUGAGGCGCCAGGCGGACGUGGAGGCCGCAACCCCACCAUCAAGAUCAGCCGUGCCACGCGGGUGUCCGAGCAGUGGAAUGCCUCGCUGGACCGCGAGAUCACCAACGCCAAUGAGCUGCGCCACUUGGACGAGUUCCUUGGCAAUCAGGUGAAUGACCUCCGCUCCAGAGGUAAGCAGUUGUCUGCCACGGAGGACAUCUUCAUCACGGCUACCCGGGAGUUCAGAGAGACCAUCAAGAGCAUGUACUCCUUGUCUAAGCCUCACAUUGGCUACAAGGCCCUGAUGAAGAAUUACCAGAUGAAGGUGGUGGCUCUCGCGGGAGAGAAGCAGAAGGCCGAGGUGCAGCUGGUGGUCAACCUCUUCCAAUCGGUCCUGGACGGCUUCAUACGAGGAGAGAUUAAGAAGGAGGAAGCGGAGCCAGCCAAGCCCGCUAAAACUCGGAAAAAGAGACGGAAAAAGGAUAAAAGUAUGGAAAGCCCAUUGGACCACAUGUUCACCACCUACCAGGUGAACAUUGUGCAGUCAUGUGACCAGUGUACCUCUUAUAUCUGGGGCAUGGAGAAAGCCUGCAUGUGUAGCUACUGCAAAAUGGUGUGCCACAGGAAAUGCCUGAGCAAAAUUACCACUGACUGCUCCUCUUUCUGUGCCAAGAAGAAUGAGGAGGAUUCGGGGUUGCGCAACUUUGGAGUGCGUGUGUGCCACCUGACCAACGACAAAACCCCGGUCCCCGUUGUUCUGGAGAUUAUGCUGGAGCAUGUGGAGAUGAAUGGCCUCUACACUGAGGGCAUCUACAGGAAGUCUGGCUCCGCCAACCGUAUGAAAGAACUCUACCAGAAGAUGGAGGCAGACCCUACCAGCGUGUGCCUUGAGAACUACUCCACCCACAUUGUCACAGGCCUGAUCAAGCAGUGGCUCAGAGAGCUGCCUGACCCCCUUAUGACCUUCACCUACUACAGUGAUUUCCUUCGAGCCGUGGAACUCCCUGAAAAGCAGGAACAGCUUCAAGCCAUUUACAGAGGCCUGGAUCAGCUUCCCACCCCACACUUCAACACGCUGGAGAGACUCAUUUUCCACCUUGUCAGAGUGUCAAAAGAGGAGGUGCAUAACCGCAUGAACCCCAACUCCCUGGCCAUCGUCUUCGCCCCAUGCAUCCUACGCUGUCCAGACAGCGCCGAUCCACUCAUGAGCAUGAAGGAUGUCGCCAAGACAACCAUGUGCGUGGAGAUGCUCAUCCACGAGCAGAUCAGACGAUACAACGAGAAGAUGGAUGAGAUCGAGCAGCUCGAGUACGCUGAGAACCUGGCCGUCAACCAGCUCAAGCUGAAGAGAAACAACACGACGUGGCGGUUACCACUCAGGUACACCUCUCCGGUGGUGAGAGGCUCGAUGAGAGAGAGGCCGUCGUCUUCAGACCUGUGCGUGGUACCCGAGAACGAGCCGAUCGACUCGGACGCGGAGGCAGAGAGAAGCUUGGUGGAGAGGAUCAAGUCCAUCAAACAGGAGAAAGAGGAGCUGGCCUGUAGGCUGCCUGAGCUGGAGCAGCCCGGCUCGGACCAGGAGAACCUGGACUCUGAGGCGUCGCUGAGCUCCGAGAGCCUGCUGGACGACCGCGUGGCCACCCCUACCCUCACUACCGGCCCCCCACCCACCACCACCACCAGCAGCAGCAACACCACCGAGACGGAAGGCAGGACGCCAGUAGCGGUGCGCAGGUCUCGUCCCAUGUGUCCCCCCAAACCCGCAGACCUGCCUCAGCGCCCCGCCGCCCCAGCCGAAAGCACCUCGUGGCUGACUGCCGUGCGGCAGCAGAUCCAGCGCCGCCACCCCAUCAUCCCCGGCACGGUGCGGCUGCCCCCCGGCGUCGCCCCCUCCGCCGCCGCGUCCACCACGCCGGCCUCGGGCCGCGCAUUCCUCACCGUGGUGCAGCGGCGCGAGCACCCAGGCCGCCGCAAGGACAGCAUCCAGUCGCUCUACAUCGCCCCCGGCAGCGACCUCAGCUCCACGCCGCCCUCCCUGACGUCCACGUCCCUUCCCUCCCCAACCUCCACCAAGGUCAAGAGGCGAUUCUCUGACCCGGACAUCCCCUUCAUAGAUGACUAUUCUCCUGCGGGAGAGGCGGACUGAGAAGUGGACAGCUGUCUGGAUUGCCCCCACCUUGUCCUCGCCAGGUGUGAAGCUCCCUUUCGAAACCUCUAAGACUGGCUCAACCCGCUGCCAUCUCAAACCCGGCCAUGGGGCUCCUGAUACCCAGGCUACCACCAGCUACACUCACUCAAUGAGACACAAAGGAAUGCUACACCAUCUUGUGUGUUUUUUUUCCUUGUUUGUUGUUAUUUCUCACAAAGCACUUUUUAAUGCUGUUAAUAUAUUGUUUUUUAAGACCAUUAAUGCUGUGCUUCAGGCACGUAAACGGUUCCUGAGGCCUGAUUUGUUCCUAGUCGUAGAGGUAGUACCAUAAUGUUAAUUGUCAUGAUAUUGCACCUUUUCAUUCCCUGGUAUGAUCUUUUCAUUGUAGAACCAAACCAGCUGUGGACAUUUAAUCAGUUGUGCCUUCAUCAACAACUUUGUACAAAUUGAUACAUUCUCUCCUCUUCAGCAUUGAUUAAUAAUGGAUGGAUCUUG